UUGAACAUAUUUGAUCAACUUUAUGAACUUUUCCAUGUUGACUUUCAGACCCUCAUUUUCGAUUUUGGCUCGGAGGUGUACGUAUGGAGUGGACGUAAUGCACGAAAGACUGCAGGGCGUUAUGCUGUAGAGUAUGCUCAGCAGUUGAAAACAAAACGAGUCACGUCGGACUUAUCCCUCUUUGGCUCAGAGUUGGGUGACGGGCGUGCGCCUUGGGUACUGUACCUUCGAGUGUUUCAAGGAGUUCAAAACUGUCUGUUCGCUGCGAAAUUCUCAGAUUGGCAAACCAGUGAGACAAAAAUUUUCAGCACACCUAAGCCUUUCCAACCGGCGAUACCACUGCAAUGCCCUGAUGAGAAGCUUCAUGCUCGCCUUCUGUCAGAUGUCCUUUUGAAUUUAUCACAUCCAGAACCAACGGAAAUCUUGGAAGACCAAGAGCUGACACGUGAAAUGAAAGACGUUGUCACCGAGAGUGUAACGUUUUGGCAACUGAUCGGCGAGGAGUUGGAACCAAUUGAACAGACGAAUGUUUUCGUUGAUGACUGUUGCUACGUGAUACGGUGGCAGUACCGAAUUCAGACUUCAGGUUGGCUCGGCAUUAUUUUCGUUUUCAUUUUUCCUAAGCUGCAUGUUCACGGUGUUCGUCGUUCUGCGCGUCGGUCAGCUGUCUCCGGAAAAAGAAAACCUGGCGCGAACGAGUUAUCAUUUCUAAUUGGGCUCGGAGCCAAGACGUCUCCGAAACAACAAGGAUUAUGUGCAGUUCGUUUGUCGCAUAUGGACAAAGAGAAACAUCACCAUGUUCGCGUUGCUCAUCUCUUUGAACCACCACUCUUCCUCAACCUAUUCCAAGGGAAAUUCAUCAUUCAGCGUUCAAAGCCAGCGGCGACUAUUCGCACAUUCGUAGUGGUGAUUGCUCAACAGCAGAGAGGAUACCGCGAAUAG